AUGUGAACUAUACAUGACUGGCCAACUGAUGUACAAGAAGCAGCCACAUUUACACGCUACUAUUUUACGGGAACCAAAAUACCUAUCGAAAUCUUAAAUAAUAUCGUAAAACUGUUCCUAUCUGAUAACCAGUUCUAUGAGAAGUUUGUGAAGUCUGUCUUGUGCAACGAACUGUUGGAAAGUUACCCUAUUAGAAAGAGUUACCGUCGGAAUUUAUUAAAGCUACUUAUCACAGAGCUGGAACGAUUGAGCAUGGAUGUAUCAGAUGAGUUGUACACCAUUUACGCUAGCUGUAUGGUGGACACGAUGGAAUGGUGCUAUCGUAUAUUCUUAACAUCUGAUCUAGCAGAAGUACUUGUAGUUAUUCGGGAGUCUACACAACAAUUAUGCCAUGGUACAACAGGUCUGUCAUUGUGGCAGGCUUCGUGUGACUUGGCAAAUUUUUUGAGUCAAUUCGAAAACCUUUCGUGCACUAAAGUGCUGGAACUCGGAGCGGGAUGUGGCUUGACAGGAAUCGCCGUUGCGAGAACUUUCCGUAACUGUAACGUUUCUCUUUCCGACUAUGAUAGUAAAGUUUUGAAACAGCUGGAGUUCAAUGUCCAGGAGAAUUUGGAUGAGACUUGUUCUUCUAUAGAAGUGUUGAAUAUCGACUGGACAUCUUUCGAUAUCACACAGCUGAACAGUGAGCCAGAUGUAGUCAUAGCAGCAGACGUGGUAUAUGAUUCUAAGAUUUUACCAGCGUUGUGCGGAGUGCUCAAGUCUUGUCUUCAAACCUCACAGAAAUCACGUGCAUAUGUUGCAUCCACUCUUCGGGACCCGCUCACUUUGGCGACUUUUAGGAAAAACAUAGAUACCCAUGGUCUACGAAUCAAGGACGAGGUCCGAUAUCAGUACGAAACUUUCACGUUUCUAGAUGGCUCGAAAUAUAGAACAGCUACCUCUUUUCCUCACUCCUCCAGUCUCGAAGCUCCAACAAUUAUUUAUGAAAUUGUUCAGUAA